AUGUCAGCUGCACAGUCUCCUCCACAUGACUUUGAGCCUGGACUUGAGCCUGAUUUUGUCCCUGCUGAUCAGCCUGUUGAUGCACCUGCUGAUCCUGAGCCGAUACCUGCUCCUGAGCUUUUACCUGAUCUUGACCCUAUUCCAUUUGGCUUACCUGACAUUGCACCUCUCAUACCGGAUCCAGUUCCUGCACCCGCUGACCCUCCUAUUAUUGAGCCAGUCACUCCUCCACUUGCACCCACACCUGCUAAUGUUGCUCCUUUUCACCCAGUGGAGUCUAAUGUUCACCGUGUUGAUCUCCCUAUUGUUUUCUUGCAGGACAUACCCGCACCCCAUCCAGGGGAGGGCACUUCAGGCCAGCAGCCUAGCCAUGACCCUCAUGUUUCAGCAGCUUUUCCCCAUAUACCCCAGUCUGCACCUUAUGCUCAUUUUACUUCUUCACCACUUAAUGAGCCACUCAGAUGGUUUCCACCUUACACCAUGCCGAUUUCGGAUCCCUACCAUCCCUCGCACUUUACUGGUUACACACGGGAUGAGCUACUCUUAUCACUUCAGCUUCAGUAUGAGAUCAUGAGUCGUAGGAUUCUAUAG